AUGGAGUACGUGCUUUGUGGCUGCAAGGCAAAGUGGAUUGCCAGUUUGCUCUGCCAGGUGCGCCUUUGGGAACCUCGUGCAGGAGAUGCUUUUGCCAUGGAGGAACUUCGUGCACUCAGUUUGCGUGAUGCAGCGGCCUCCCUUUGUGGUUUGGCCGUGGCUGCCGCGGUGAUGAUCCCUUCUGUCACAGUUGGUCCUGUUUUGGCCAUUCCUCCGGCCUGCGCCGUUCUUUCCGUGCAGCUCGCCGUGCUCUACGGGCAUCAGCUGCUGAUGUCUCUGCCGCUGGCAGCCGCUGCUGCCAUUCUUUCGCAUGGUCUCCUGCUCAUCCCCAGCAUUGCCUUUCAAUAUGCUCUGCCAGCACUCAUUGGUCCAGGAGUAGGUCUUUGCACUGCCAAGAUGUUGGGCGGAGAGCGUGGCGAGCAUUGUGCACUAUUCUGCGGCGCAGCUCUCACUGUUCCCGUGCUGGCGCAUUGUGCUCUGAUGACCCGAGUGAAGAAAGUCGGAAAUUGGCAAUGA